AUGCGUUAUACAAAUGUUCAAGGGCAAUCUAAUAUAAAUCAAAUUGAUGCAAUAGAUAUGUUUGUUCUACUCGAUUUAAUCGGAGAUAAAAGUACACUAUUUGCGAAUUUUUUUGAUCGAACCACUGGAAAAUAUUAUAACAGAUUACAAAACAUCGAAGCUCAACUUCUUCGUGCCUAUAAUAAUAACGCACAUAAACGAACAGUAUUUUCAUCUCAGAUUUAUCCAAAUUAUAUCCAGGAUGAUCACAUACCAUUUUUAAGUCUAGAUGUUCCAAUUCUUCAUUUAAUUUCUUCGCCGUUUCCACCGACAUGGCAUACAGCUGCUGACAAUGAAGCGAAUCUCGACUUUUUAUCAAUUACACAUAUUCGAAAUGCAAUGAAAAUAUUUGUUAUUGAAUAUCUUCAUUUAAAUCCACAAAUAUGUUAA